AUCCUUUUUCAUCUCUUCAAACCUCCAAAACGUUUUCAUCGGUGCUUGAAAAUCGCGUUUCACUAUAAAUAUCCCUGCCAUUCUCCCUCUAGGGUCGAGAACCCGCAUGCGAUUCAGUUCGGAUCUAUCGAAACCGCUUCACCAUGGACAACGAUCCUCUCUUGCGCAACCAGAACGCCGCCGUGCAGGCCCGUGCCAAGGCUCAGAACCGCGCCAACGUCCUCCAGCUCAAGCUGAUUGGACAGAGUCAUCCUACUGGUCUCACUGCGAAUCUGUUGAAGCUCUUUGAGCCGAGGCCUCCAUUGGAGUAUAAGCCUCCUCCGGAGAAACGAAAAUGUCCUCCCCUAUCAGGGAUGGCGCAAUUCGUGGGUAAAUUUGCUGAGCCCGGUGAUGCUGAAUAUUCGCCUCCUAUACCAGUGGCUGAAACUCCUGCACAGAGGAGAGAAAGAGUCCACAAGUUAAGACUUGAGAAGGGAGCAGCAAAGGCUGCCGAGGAGCUUGAGAAAUAUGAUCCACAAAAUGACCCGAAUGUAUCAGGAGAUCCAUACAAGACAUUGUUUGUGGCCAAACUUAGUUAUGAGACCACUGAGAGCAGAAUCAAAAGGGAGUUUGAGUCAUAUGGUCCAAUCAAACGGGUUCGGUUGGUUACUGAUAGUGAGUCAAAUAAGCCCAGAGGUUACGCAUUCAUUGAAUACCUGCACACAAGAGACAUGAAAGCUGCUUAUAAACAAGCUGAUGGGAGGAAAAUUGAUGGUAGAAGGGUGCUCGUGGAUGUUGAACGCGGGAGGACUGUUCCAAAUUGGCGACCUCGUCGUCUUGGUGGUGGGCUUGGUACAACUAGAGUGGGGGGUGAAGAAGUUAAUCAGCGACAUUCUGGGAGGGAGCAGCAGCAAUCUGCACCUUCUCGUUCUGAAGAACCCAGAGUGCGGGAGGAUCGAAAUGUCGAUCGGGACAGAGAAAAGUCACGUGAAAGAGUUAAGGACAAAGAUGGAGAACGUGAGCGAUCACGUGAACGGUCCAGUGAUAGAGCCAGGGAUCGUGAUCACAGAGAGGAUAGGCACCACAGAGACCGGGAUAGGACUAGGGACAGAGAUAGGGACAGAGAAAGAGAGAGAGACCGUGGACGUGACCGAGAUAGAGGACGUGACCGCGAUCGUGGUCGAGAGCGGGAACGUGAUCGUGAUAGAGGAAGGGAUCGUGAUCGGGACCGAGAACAUGAUCGUCAUCGUGAAAGGGAUAGGGAUUAUGAAGCUGGGGAAACUGAUAGGGGACGCUCACAUGAUAGGGAGGUUGAUUAUGAUCAUGUUGAACCUAAACAAGAGAAGGAUCGCCGUGGUGAAAGAGAGCGUGACUUUGAACCUGAGGAUGAUCGUGAGUACUACAACCAACCGGUGCAUGGACGUAGGCAUGCAGAUCCUGACCAUGAUCCUGAUCACUAUGGACACUAUGGGCAUCACCGUGGUCGGGGGCAGUAUGAUGAUGGAGAUGAGCACGGUGACCAUUACAAUCAAUAUCAUGAUCAGGAUAGGAUGGAAGAUGACUAUGGCACUGAACGAGCAAAAUCUGAAUCACGUGAAAAGGAGAGAAGUCGUGAUGUGGACCGUGAAAAUCGUCGCCCAGAGAGGUCCCAUUCCCGGGAGUUCGAUUACUGAUUUCUAUGAACUUGAGCACAAUAUUUCUCAAAUUCACUGCUGUUAAUGGAUCAGGGCAUGAAGAGAUCAAAACACUGUCCAAAAAGAAAUUACAUGUUGUGGCGGCCAUCCAUAUUUGAUGUUGAAAGGUUACCGCACCAGCUUUGGUGUUCUGUUUCUUGAUAUGGACGUGGACUACUAAUAUUUGUCUUUGAUGGUUUUGUUUUCCUGAGACAUUAUAUUUUAUUUUUCUAGUUUUUGUGGGCACAAUUUCUGGGAUUCAAGUUAUCGUUGGUCUAUUGAUAUGCUUGGAACUGUAUUCAUUUAUAUCAAGUAUUUCUUACAUUAUAAUGUUAGCUGAUAGACCCUUGGUUUA